AGUGGAGGGGGAGGGGCAAGUGGAGGAGUUCUUCCUCCGCCCCUCCUCUUCCUGUACCUCCCCCCUCUCCCCCUCCUCGUCGUCGUCUCCGCGGCCUCUGCUCACGACGCCUGUUCCACAUCUCACGAUGGAUCCCCACGUCGCGUUCCCGUCCAUCAAGCGAGAACGCGAGGCGGACGACUCGAGCCCCGGGGCGUCGUCUCUGGGCUCGGCGGAGCGACGCGGAGACUCCGGCGAUCCCGCCGCGCUGUGGAGCGAGUGGGACGCGGAGGAGAAGCCCAGCGCCGAGACUCUGCGGGCGGCGGCAGCGGCGGCGCUGGCGGUGAAGGACGAAGAGGGAAGCUGCGUUCCUUGCUUGAGCAUCGUCAAAGUGGAGGAGGAGGAGGAGGAGGACAGCGACGUUCCGGAGGAGCCGGAAGGUCGCCACGGAGAUCCGGCCACCGAGGACCAGAACUUCAUCGAGGUGGAGCUGUCGGAUGAGGACAUUUGCAAAGGCGAAGCGACGGACGGGCGGGACGGACGCCUGUGCGCCGCGUGCGCCGACGACCACGGGGGAUGCUUUGACGCGGAGCCACGCGGAGACGGCGACGGCGACGGCGACGACGACGACGACUCGCCGGGGGGCUGCGCGCGGUGCGGCGAGCCGCUCGGGGACCCUCCGGCGAUGACGCCGCCGGCACCGCGGCGCGCCGGGGAGACGCCGCGGCGCCCGCGCGGCGCCGGGGCCAAGGUCGGGCGCCGGGCGGCCCACGAAUGCGCCGAGUGCGGCCGCGCCUUCUCGAGCAACUCCAACCUGGUGCGGCACUCGCGCAUCCACAGCGGCGAGCGGCCGUUCGCGUGCGCCGAGUGCGGCAAGGGCUUCGCCGACCCCUACCGGCUGAAGGCGCACGCCGCCACGCACACGGGCGGCUGGCGGCACGCCUGCGCCGACUGCGGCAAGGCCUUCUCGUGCCCCUCCAAGCUGAGGACGCACGCCGCCACGCACACGGGCGAGCGGCCGCACGUCUGCGCCGAGUGCGGCCGCGGCUUCUCGCAGCGCUCCAACCUCAAGCAGCACGCGCUGACGCACGCGGCCGAGAAGGCGCACGCCUGCGGCGAGUGCGGCAAGCGCUUCUCGCACCCCUCCUACCUGCGGGCGCACUCCAUCACGCACACGGGCGACACGCGGCACGCCUGCGCCGAGUGCGGCAAGAAGUUCACGCGGCGCUCCAACCUGGAGGCGCACGCGCGCAUCCACACGGGCGAGCGGCCGCACGCCUGCCCCGAGUGCGGCAAGCGCUUCCUGCACCGCUCCUACCUCAAGCUGCACGCCGCCACGCACACGGGCGAGCGGCCGCACGCCUGCGACGAGUGCGGCAAGCGCUUCACGCAGCGCUCCAACCUGGAGCGGCACGCCGCGAUCCACGCGGGCGAGCGGCCGCACGCGUGCCCCGACUGCGGCAAGCGCUUCGCCCACCGCUACUACCUCAAGCAGCACUCGUACGUGCACGCGGGCGAGAGGCCGCACGCGUGCGCCGCGUGCGGCAAGCGCUUCGCCCACCCGUCGCUGCUCGAGAAGCACGCGGCGGCGCACGCCGCCGCGCCGCCGCACACCUGCGCCGACUGCGGCCGCGGCUUCGCGCACCGCUACAACCUGGAGGCGCACCGCAGGACCCACACGGGCGAGCGGCCGCACGCCUGCAAGGAGUGCGGCAAGCGCUUCGCCAUGCAGUCGGGCCUCGAGCGCCACUUCCGCACUCACACGGGCGAGCGGGCGUACGCCUGCGCCGAGUGCGGCAAGGCCUUCUCGCAGAGCUCACACCUGCGGGUGCACGCGCGCACGCACACGGGCGAGCGGCCGUACGUGUGCCGGGAGUGCGGCAAGGGAUUCUCGCACAGCUCCAAGCUGCGACGGCACGCCAAGGUGCACGCCGCUCGCUGCUGAGUCCCGGCCAGCGGGGUGGCGGCGG